AUGGCUAGCGAGCAGGUCUACGGCGUCACGCCGCCAAUCUCCGUCAACCUCCCGACCGAGGCCGAAAAGCGCGCAAGCGAUGCGCUCAAAGACGAGCUUCGGCGCCAAAAGACAUUCGAAAGCCCAUGGCAGGUUCUCGACUCACUGCAGUUGAUUUGCAACGAAUUUGUGAGAAAAGUAGCGGCGGAGAAAGAGCCUAAGAACGAAAUCCUCAUCAAAAACGCCAGGGGCAAGGUGUUCACGUACGGCAGUUUCCGCCUGGGGGUCUUCGGCCCUGGCUCGGAUAUUGACACGCUCAUCGUCGCGCCCAAAUAUGUUACUCGCGAGGAUUAUUUCAAGUACUUCCCGGACCUGUUGGUCUCGAUGGCGCCUGCAGGCGCCAUAACAGACCUGACUGUUGUCACGGAUGCCUUUGUGCCUAUUAUUAAAUUUGAGUAUUCCGAUAUCAGCAUAGAUCUAAUCUUUUCCAGAAUCAUCCAAAAGCAAAUCUCCCCGGAUUUUGCCGACCUCAAAGAUUCCAGCUUAUUGCGCGGUUUAGAUGAAGCUGAAUUGCGAUCUUUGAACGGCACAAGAGUUACAGAUGAGAUUCUUGCUCUUGUUCCUGAGGAGGCCACAUUCAAGCUUGCUCUUCGAGCCAUCAAACUAUGGGCGCAGCGUCGAGCCGUCUACGCGAACAUUAUGGGUUUUCCGGGCGGCGUCGCCUGGGCAAUGUUGGUGGCUCGUGUUUGUCAGCUGUAUCCCAAGGCCGAGACAUCAGUCAUUGUCAACAAGUUCUUUUUGGUGAUUGGUCAAUGGCGAUGGCCGCAGCCUGUACUGCUUAAGCCCAUAGGCAGCGGCCCUCUCCCAGUUCGCGUCUGGAACCCGAAGGUUUACAAAGGCGAUUCAUUCCACCUCAUGCCUGUCAUUACCCCAGCGUAUCCUUCCAUGUGUGCGACAUUCAACAUUACCCGAUCCUCGAUGACCAUCAUUCAGCGCGAGCUGCGACGCGGGCUAGAAAUUUCCGAGGAAAUCAUGGUUGGCAAGAGACCGUGGAGCGACUUGUUUGUCAAGCAUACGUUUUUCACGCAAGGCUACAGAUACUACAUCUCAGUCGUCUCUGCGAGCAAGAACAAAGAAGCGCACAAGGUGUGGUCGGGCUAUGUAGAGUCCAAGGUCCGAAUGCUCGUGCAAAAGCUGGAACAGCAUUCGUCCAUUGCGCUCGCGCAUCCGUUCAACAAAGGAUACGACCGGCGACACCUUUGUAAGAAUGAUCACGAGAUCGAGCAAGUGCAGGAAGGAAGCCUUGAAUUUGUUAUCAAAGAUGAGGGCAAAGACCAAAAGAGCGAAGAAAAGAACCCUAAGCUCGAGGAGAACCAAGAUUCUUCUGCGUCCACCUCCCCAGUCGAGGUCUACACCACCACUCAUUACAUUGGUAUUGAGCUAGAAGAGGGCGCCAAAUCCCUGGAUCUAUCAUAUCAAGUCGAUGAGUUCAAGGUCCUAUGUACCAGUUGGAAGAAGUACGAAGAUGAACUGCGGCCAUUAGUAUCUCUGGGUGUACAGCACGUUCGAAAUUGGCAAAGUUUCAAUCUCCCAGACGACGUCUUUGAAGCCGGAGAAACGAAGCCUCAAAAGAAGAGCGCUAAAGGCCUGGCGAACAAGAAGCGAGGCCCGACAGAGGAUAACACCCCGCCGGCGAAGAGACAGCAAGCUUCAGUUGUAGCUGCUGGUUAA